AUGUGCCUUGCAAAUAGGCAAACAGAGGGAGUCGCGUGGGCCGCUGCCGGUGCAGACGCAAGGGUACGCUCGCGGCGCGCGCACACCGCAAUGGAAUUAUUCCAUUCGCACGUUCGAGCCCUCCGUACGCCUCGCCCAGCCGAUGCCAUAAUUCGGCCCCCUCCCCAAGUACGAAGCCCCUACGAAGCCCAGCUGGAGCCGACGCGCCACUACUACGCGCGUCAGCCCGCACACUCUGCAUCGAUGAUAGAGCCUCGAGUGACGGAGCCCUCGGACAGUUCUUCGGAGCAGCGGGUGGCGGAGGUGAUAUACGCGCGACCGAACAAACGUGGCGGCUUCACUUACCGGCGGCCGGCACAGCCCCGCCCAAGACCCCAAGACCCCAUCGUCAUUAGGGUGCACAAGUACAAGGUCGUGAAGAGCCGC